GAACCAAUCAGAACGCACCAAGCUGUUACCGUGGUUACAGCAACAGCUGCAUUAUGGGAUGUACACAUGGCAGCUUCCAGUGAUUGAAUGCACACAAACAGAAGGUUUUCACGCUCGGAUGUUACGCGUUUUUAAGAUUUGCAAAUGAUUUUAAACGUCGUGAGAGGCCGUGAGGACUCCGCGUGGACCCUAUUUAGGUAACACAAGUUGACUGGUUGAAACCACAACAGCCACCAUGCCCGGUGAGGAUAAAGCACCCCCACAAACCCGCCACCGGAAGAAGAGCAAGAAGUCUCGUCCCAAGGGAAAGAGUCCUGGCGGGAGUCCCAGGUCCCACCUCGGAGACUCUUCAGAUGCACAAGAUGACUUCUUAUUAUCACCAGCCCUUCAGCCUUCUGCUAAGAAGGUGGCAGAGAAGAGACCUAAAGUGUCUGUUGCCAAAAUGGAGGAGGAGUCAUCCGCAGCGAUCUGCCUCCAGGUGCUCUUCCCCUACCUGCUGGCUGGGAUGGGCAUGGUGAUGGCCGGCAUGGUGCUGGACAAUGUCCAGCACUGGGAGGUGUUUAGGGUGAUAACGGAGGUUUUUAUUCUUGUUCCUGCUCUGGUCGGUCUCAAAGGAAACCUGGAGAUGACCUUGGCGGCUCGACUGUCUACUGCUGCCAACACGGGUCAAAUGGACGACUCUGACAAACAGUGGACAAUGGUGUGCAGCAAUCUGGCCCUGAUCCAGGUCCAGGCCACAGUGGUGGGCUUCCUCGCAGCACUGGCAGCUAUUUGUUUAGGUUCAAUCUCCAGAGGAGGAGUUGAGCUGGAUCAGGCAGCUGUUCUGUGUGCCAGCAGCAUCACCACUGCCUUUCUGGCUGCUCUGUCUUUAGGCCUCGUGAUGAUUGGAGUGAUCAUCGGCUCCAGGAAGGUGGGGAUCAACCCUGACAACGUGGCCACCCCCAUCGCUGCCAGUCUGGGGGAUUUAAUCACCCUGUCUCUUCUGGCUGGGGUCAGCAGCACGCUUUAUGAAUAUAAAGACAUUUGGUACUUGUCCCCCGCCGUGUGCCUGCUCUUCUUAGCUCUGAUCCCUGUCUGGGUGGUGGUGGCCCGGCGAAGUCCUCAGAUCAGAGAGGUUCUGAGCUCGGGGUGGCAGCCUGUCAUAGUAGCCAUGUCCAUCAGCAGUUUUGGAGGCCUCAUUCUGGACAAGACGGUGAGCGAUCCCAACUUUGAAGGGAUGGCUGUCUUCACUCCUGUCAUUAACGGAGUGGGUGGUAACUUGGUGGCCAUCCAGGCGAGCAGGAUUUCUACUUACUUGCACUUGUGGAGUGUUCCAGGGGUGCUGCCCAACAAGAUGAGCCAGCACUGGCCCAAUCCCUGCAUCACCUUCUUCUCCUCAGGGGUGAACUGCAAGUCAGCUCGGGUGCUGCUGAUGCUGGUCAUACCGGGUCACCUGGUCUUCCUCUACGCCAUCUCUCUGCUGCAGGGAGAGGAGGCUCCCAUCACUGUAGCCUUCACCAUCUGCUACCUGUGUGCUGCCCUGCUGCAGGUGGCUAUCCUCCUUUAUGUUGCCGACCUCAUCAUCCGUUUGAUGUGGAGACGAAAUCUGGACCCAGACAACUUCUCCAUCCCUUACCUGACUGCUCUUGGGGACCUGCUCGGCACCAGUUUCCUGGCCCUCUGUUUCCACUGCGUCUCACUGGUUCAAAGUUUGGGUCUAUGAAAUUUGCCACUUUUCCCUGAACACUUGUAGUUUUGCACCUUUUUCUCCUUUUGAUUGGACUAAAGCUCAUAUCAAAGAAUCAACCCAAACACCCAUGUUCAGCCCAACAA